AGCGGAAUGGAUGAGAUACGUGAGUGCGAGAGCCAACAUCAUAAGCACGUACGCAAUCCCUUGAUCUAUGGACGUACCUGAGAAAUAACAGUAAUGAAAAUGAUGAAUGCGAGAAAGUACGUAAAAAGUGUUGAGAUCCAGCGAAGAAAUGAGAACAGAUCUAGAAAGAGAGGAAUAAAUAGAGAUCGUUACCGUCGCUGGUAGGAGCAGGUGCCGGAGCAAGGGAUUGAGAAUGGACGGCGAGAGGCAUGUAAAGAGUGAAGAUGAGAGAGGCAACGACGGCCACAACUCCGAAACGGAAUGAAAAUGUGAACGCCGCCAUGCCUUAGCUUCACUCAACUCAAUCUUUGUAACAGUGGUGUGGUGAGAGACGCCGCUAGGCUUUAAGAGGCCGUUACAGAGAGGAGAGAGGCAACCGGUGAAGCCGGUAUGCAAAAAGCCAAUGUGGGCUCCACCCGCAUGUUACGCUUGCUGAAGCUUAAACCCCAUGUGAUUCCCGGUUCGGUUUGGAUUCCAAACCAGCCAUAGCUGACACUCUGUCAUCUUUUUCCCUUUUGGCGCCAUAUGCUUUUUUCUUCACCCGCUCUCUCUCUCUCUCUCUCUCUCUCUACUUUCAGUCAUUUCUUACACAGGUAUUUUUAUUAUUUUGUGAUUUUUUUUCACUCAAAAGUAAGACAUUUGAUGUUUAUGAUUAUUUUUUUAUAAUUUAAAUUUUAAAAACAAAAGAAAAUAAUUGUAAAUAAUUCCCCUCUUAAGCUAUCUGUUGGAGCUUUUGUUUUGGUCAAGAAAGGCUGACAGAGCUAAAACUAAUUUCCUUAGGUCGCUUCUUUUUGGGCCUUGGCCCACUUAAAAAGUCAAUUUUUUUUUUUUAAAAAACUGAAGACCUUAGUCUAUGUUUAACGUAACUUAUUAAAAAGUUAAUUUAUAUUUUAAAAAUAAUUUAAAGUUGAAAAGUUAUUGAGAGUUAAAAACUAUAAAUUUAUAUUUUUAUUACUAAUCACACAUUAAACCAAAAUUUUGGUGAUUAUAUUUUAAGAAUUUUAAUGACAGAAUGGCAACUGACGACUCAAAAUACCAUUAACAUUUGAGUGGCUUAAAAAAUUCCCAUUAGCAUCUGAAAUUUAUUUGAACAAUUUUUGAAUAAUUAAGAUAUAUAUACAAAGUAAACAAAUAAUUAGUUUUGAACUUGGGUCGUUGGAAGGGAAAAGCCGAAAGGUUUUGAUCGUUGGGCAAGCUGGCGUUGAAUGAAAAAUUCUAAAAACGAUUGUCUCUUUGCUUUGCUUUUGCUAAUAAUUUAUUUAUUUAUAGAUGAAUUAAAUGUGGUGAGUGGAAGACAAAACGCGCGGGAACGUAGGGCACAUGCAACGACCAAUUUGCAUGCAUUCUCAUGUCUUAGACCAUAACGAAACUCUGAGGUAGAAGAAGAAGAAACUGCUUCUUCUGGUUGAAUCCUUUAUUGCAUUUUAGUAACAUUUCCUCAGAGUUUCUGUUUUCCUUUCUCUUCAUCUCCUUCCUUCCGUUUUAUCUUACACUUCUUAACUCGUCAUCAUCAUCAUCACACUACCCUGCAACCACGUUUCUAACCCCCCCCCCCCCCCCGACAUAGGAAAAAGUUUCAAACUCACCAUCUUCAUCAUUCUAGAAUCGUUUGAGGCUUAAACAUCAUUUUGGGAGGAUUUUAAACGGCAGGUACUACGAAAUUGCAUAUGCUUGGAUUCAUAUUUUGCAUGCUUAGUUUUUUAUUCUUUCCAAUUCUGAUUCAACGAAUAAAAUGUCAUGAUCUGAGGUGUUUCUUUUUCAAUUUCAAGGAUUGAAGGUGAGAAUUAUAUUUAGAAGCCGGAAUGGAACAGUUCCGGCACAUUGGAGAGGUUCUCGGGAGUUUGAAAGCGCUAAUGGUGUUGCGCGAUGAAAUUCAGAUCAACCAGCGACAAUGCAGUUUGAUCCUUGACAUCUUCAGUUUGGCCUUCGACACGAUCGCUGAAGAGAUAAGGCAGAACCUGAAGUUGGAAGAGAGGAACAUGAAAUGGAAGCCACUGGAGUUUCCAUUGAGAGAGUUGUGUAGGGUUUUCAAAGAAGGGGAACUCUACAUAAAACAAUGUUUGGAUUCCAAGGAAUGGUGGGGGAAAGCCAUCAUUCUUUCUCAGAAUCGAGACUGCGUUGAAUUCCACAUCCACAACUUGCUCUGUUAUUUCCCUGCGGUUAUCGACGCUAUUGAGAAUGCAGGGGAGGUGUCAGGGUUGGAUCAGGACGAGAAGGAAAAGAAGAGAGUGAUGUUAGAGAGGAAAUACGACGUGGAAUGGAACGAUCCGAAGCUGUUCCAAUGGAGGUUCGGGAAGCAGUAUUUGGUUCCUCGCGAGAUUUUGAAGCAGUUGGAGAAUGCUUGGAGGGAAGACAAUUGGAGGCUUAUUGAAGCAAUAAAGGAAAAGAGGGGUUCUACUACCAAAUCCAUGUUUACAAAGAACGAGCAGCGCCUUGCGGAAAUGAUGCUCAAGAAACUGUUGAAUGGGUCAGAGAUUUCUCCUAUUGCAGUGCUUAUAGGGUCUAAGGAUUACCAAGUUAGACGAAGGAUGGGGUGGGGGAGAGAGUUUAAGGAAAUCCAAUGGCUGGGACAGAGCUUUGCAUUGAGGCACUUUCAAGGGGAGAGAGAAGCACACGAGGCUCAAAUUUCCACUCUGUUGUCACUUUCUCACCCUAAUAUAUUGCAAUAUCUUUGUGGGUUUUAUGAUGAUGAGAAGGAGGAGUUUUCGCUUGUGAUGGAGUUGAUGAACAGGGACUUGCGGACCUAUAUGAAGGAGAAUUGUGGUCCACGGAGACAGAUUCUAUUCUCUAUCGCAGUUGUGGUGGAUCUCAUGCUUCAAAUGGCUAGAGGCCUGGAGUAUCUACAUUCUAAAAAGAUUUACCAUGGAGAUCUGAACCCCUGCAACAUCCUUCUUAAGGCAAGGAAUUCCCAAGAAGGUUAUUUUCAAGCAAAAGUUGCAGGGUUUGGGUUUACUUCUAUGAAGAAUGGUGUAAGUCCUGUUAAUGAGGAUCUCAACCCUUCAAUUUGGUAUGCCCCUGAAGUUAUGACCGAACUGGAACAAACGGGAAAUGCUUCUACCUCUUGUAGGUACUCUGAGAAAGCCGAUGCAUAUAGUUUUGGGAUGAUAUGUUUUGAGUUGUUGACAGGGAAGGUACCCUUUGAAGACAAUCACCUUCAAGGAGACAGAACCAACCAAAAUAUCAAAGCAGGGGAGAGACCUUUGUUCCCAUAUCGUUCCCCAAAAUACCUUGUCAAUUUGAUAAAAAAGUGCUGGCAAACUGACCCUUCUCAGAGACCUAGUUUCUCUUCUAUAUGUAGAAUUUUACGCUACACCAAAAAGUUUCUUUCCAUGAAUACAGAGUACCAUGUCAUCAACCCUGAACAAAACCAGCUUGAACUGCAAACCCCUCCUGUUGAUUGUUGCGACAUAGAAACAACAUUCCUUACGAGCUUUCCAAUGGAAAGGGCAUCGAGUGUGUCUGCUGUGUCACAAAUACCUUAUGAAAUGUUUGUCUAUAAAGUUGUGGAAAAAGGGAAGAUGAAUGGGAGUAAUACCAAAGUUAAGUGUUGUGAGGCCACGAAGGAUAAGGCCUCCGUUUGUAUGGGUGAAAAUGAAGAGCAAAACAAGAUUUGUGGUGAUGAUAAUGCAUCCAUAGUGGAACAUUCAGUCCCUCCAGAAACAUGUUCAGGAUCGGUCUGUGUUGACACGCACCCUAUAUGUUCCGAAGCCCCGUCGAGGAAAAGCGUCUCAAUAAAAAUCUCGACACAAGGAGUGAACGCCAAGAAAGACCAAGGAAUGCCAAAAUUGCGAGGAACAAAAUCAUUACCAUCAUCUUUAUCUGGUAAAGUUUUAAGGACAAUUAAGGCAAACAAACCAUCAUUGGCGAGUCCUAGUAGAAGAAAAUAUAUCCAAGUCUCUGAAUUGGAGCACAAUUCCAAAGGAAAUCAAACACCGUUAAGGUCAAUUUCUUCGAAAACAGUUAGGAGAAAAAAUUGUGAGGGUAAUUUAUCAGAUUUUAAGUCCAGUUUAAAGUUGAAAAAGAAGGAACAAUCAUCAUUAACUACAUAUGGCAAUGUCACUAAUUCUAGCAGUGGUUUAAAGACGAAGAAGUCACAACUGACUUUGAACCCUUCUUUGAGCCCAGGAAGAUUAAGACGUGUCAAUACUGAGACUAAUUUGAAGAUGCCAAAGGGCUUAACAACAACUCAUGCAUUGAGCACUUCGAGAACAUGCAUAAGCAAAACAUGUGGUGCUCAUGUCUCAGAUUUGUAUGGUGGCAUAAAGAUAACAAGAAGUCGACUGUCACCAUUAGCAUUGAGUCCCUUAAGCCCUUAUGUGAGAAAAGGCAAAGCAUGUACCCUUGUCUCUGACACUGAGUGUAGAUUUAUGAAGAAAAGAGGAAGCUUGUCACCAUUGGCAUUGAGCCCUUUGUGCUCAUAUGUAAGGAAUAGCUGUGGCCAUGUCUCCGAUUAA